AUACUGUGUGCAGAUGUGGUCGCCCCAUCUCAAAAAAGAUAUAUUGGAAUUGGAAAAGGCUCAGAAAAGGGCUACAAAAAUGAUUAGGGGUAUGGAACGGCUUCCAUAUGAGGUGUGAUCAAUAAGACUGGGACUUUUCAGCUUGGAAAAGAGACGGCUAACGGGAGAUAUGAUUGGUGUAGAGAAAGUAGAUUAGGAAGUGUUGUUUACUACUUUCAUACCACAAGAAGUAGGGGUCACCAAAUGAAAUUAAUAGGCAGCAGGUUUAAAACAAACAAAAGGAAGUAUUUCUUCACACAAUGCACAGUCAACCUGUGGAACUCCUUGCUAGUGCAUGCUGAGAAGGCCAAGACAUUAACAGCGUUCAAAAAAAGAACUAGAUAAAUUCAUGAAGGAUAGGUCCAUCAAUUGCUAUUAGCCAGGAUGAGCAGGGAUGGUGUCCCUAGCCUCUGUUAGCCAGAAGCUAGGAAUGGGUGAUAGUGUAUGGAUCACUUGAUGAUUACCUGUUCUGUUCAUUGCCUCUGAAGAACCUGGCUUUGGCAAUUGUUGGUAGACAGGAUACUGGGCUAAAUGGAUAUUUGGUCUGACCCAGUAUGGCCAUUUUUAUGAUGGCAGUAGGGAAUGAUGAUAAAAGACUGACACCUUUUAUUUUUCAGAUAAUUAUUUUCAAUAAUAUAUUGGCCUGCUCCUCUGAGGGACACUUUAAGAAACUGCCACUCUGUUUUACCAGACAUACUGCUGCUGAUCCUGAAUGAUCUUUUCUUUUUCUGAAUGGAUGAAAGAAGAUGGAACAGGUUAAUUCAAGGUUGCCCUUUAAAAAAGGCCUCUGAGUUGUAGUAGGCAGCACACAAAAGAGUCUGAAGUCACACAUGUACAUCCAGAUUUUUACCCCUUCCUCUGGAGUUGAAAUUAUUCUGCAGUCGGAUCUGGUGAUGCAGAUGAACAUAUGGAUAUUAUUUCCCACUUUUACUAUGCAAAUUCACUACGUAAAUUAAUGUACACAAAUAUAGGAUUCAUACAUAAACAGAUAGCCAAGGACCAAGAGUUUUUUUGUUUUUAAACUUAAUAUUAAUCGCUAUUAUAUACAGAAAAUAGAGUGCACAUACACAAGGCAGAUUACUCUGUUUUCUCUAAAAUGAAACAACCACUAAUCUAUAGACUCUAUAGAGGAUAGAAUCCUGUUAAUUUACUUUUAAUUUUUCUCUUAUAACGUUAGAUGACUAUACAUGAGACACAAUUAUAUUCUGCCUGAAUGCAAACCAAAUAAUGUAUAACGCAUUGCUUGUAAAAAUUGGCGUGGUAUGUGGCCUUUUUGUAAAAACAACUGCUUUGGUUGUUUUGCUUGGUUAAGUAUGGUCAUACAGGUAUGACAUACAGAUUAACUUUUUUGAUACAAUGUUCUACUUUUCACAGCUUUAUUUAAUAAUUAAAAUAUUUUUGCAUUUCUACGCAUUGAAACCUUUAGGUUUCUCAGUAGUAUCUAAUACUUUUUGUCCACAGAACAUCGUGUAAGUGACUCAAACUACAUUUUCAGAGAUUUUUUUUUAAUUUAAAUUUUUUGGAGAGGAUGACUAUAUCAUACUGUUAAAAAGAUCUAGACUUAAGAGGAAAGUAUAUUAAAAAAAAUUAAAAACCAAAACACUGCUAUUCAACUUUUAAAAGGAAAAGAACACUGAAGUUGUUUUUCAGAACUGUUGAGAAGUUCUCGCUAAAAAUGCAGCUGUAAAAAACAUAUUCAGCAUACAAAUCUACCCACAGGAGAAGUUCCAGAAACACAAGCCUUUUUAUUACAGAGCUUUGUGUAUUGUUAAAAUAAUUGUAAGCAAAUGAGUGCAUGGAAAAUCUCAUUUAAUAGAUUGGGGCCAGAAACAGGAAUUUUAAAGGUGUAUAAAUAAGAAAAGGUUUUUGAAAUAUUUGAUCAUUUUAGGUGGUAAAAAGUCCCUUACGUAAAUUCAUGCAUUUUCUUACAUACUGUGAUAGGAGAGAAAGGGAGGAGUAUUUUAUAUAUUACAUUUUCAUAACUGGCUAUUUUUCAUAUUCUAAUUAAGCCGUUUAGGAAACAUGUUCAAAAAGGGCAACUCCUUCUAAUACAGAGACCAACUGUAGAAAGGGAAUUGGUGGAUAUCACUAGAAAUAUAGUAAUUUUUUUUUAAAUAACAUUUUCAUAAAGGACUGUCAUUAAUGGCAAAAAUUCCAUUGACUUAGAGGAACAGAAUUGGACUCUGAAGUAUUAAUGACUUACGACUGCUUCUCUGAUGCCUCUAAAUACUUCAAUGUAUAUUGAGCAUGGGCAAGUUUUGCUCUAUAUUACCCAACCAGCUAUGUCGUUAGCGAAAUUAAAUAACAAGUGUAUUCUUAGUUCUAACAUCUAACUGUGGAACAUGUCUGAACAACAUCAUAACAUCAUAAAACAAGAGAAGAACUAUACAUAUAUUUUGCAGAAGGGAAAAAACUUCUCACAUACAAGACGGGGGAGGAGGAGCGGCGGUAUGUGAACACUGCUUCAGCUGCUCCCGGUUGAGAACACUUCCUCCUUGACCCCAGGGGAAAAAAUUAUUUCUCCCAGACAGCCCAAAGCUCCACUCUAGCUAGUGGGGUGAGAGUUCUCUCAGAUCCUCAGGAGUUCUUUGCAUGAUUUUGUAGAAGCUGUCAGAAGUCAUAGAUAGUAGCACAAAUGUUUUCAAUCUUUUAGAAGUAGCAAGGCCAUGCAGACAUCUCAAGAACAUCUCUGACAUGGCUUACUUGUAUCCAGGUACUCAAGGAACACCACACAUUGUCAGCAUCAUGUCAUGGAGGUUAUUGCACACAGGGAUAACUUUCAAAAACUUUAUCACAAUUACCCAAUACCAAUAUCUUCAAAAUGCCAUUGCAAUUCAGGAGGAAAUGGCCAAAAUUACAGUUCUGCAUCUCAAAUAAUCAUGUACACACUUUGCUGUCUUAUUUUCAAUGGCCAAAACAUUACACAAGAAACUUAACAAAUUCAUUUGAAUCAUUCUUCGAAUUCUCUAAAUUUUAAUUAAUAUGAUUUGUGUUCCUGUGCCAGUUAUAGGUCAUUGAUAAUGAAUGCUAUUGAACGGUUUCACUUUUCAUGCAAGCUAGGCAAAACUGUGCCUGAAAGGCCUGUAGCAGAGGAUGGCACAGAGUACCACCACCCAAAAGGAAGCUCCUAGAGACACUGGAUCAAAUUUUCAAAAACAUUUAAGUGUCUAAAGAUGCAGAUAGGCACCUACUGGGAUUUUCAGAAGUGCCUAAGCAGGUGAGGCACCUACUUCCCAUUGGUUUCAAUGGGAGUCAGAUACCAAACUUGCUUAGAUGCUUUCCAAAAUCCCACUAGAUGCCUAUCUAAAAACCUUUGAAAAUCUGGCUUGUUGUCCCUGCUUGAGAAACAAUGCCUCUUGGACAACAGGGGGAAUCAGCCACUUUACAGGGUGCAGCAUAUCAUUUAUGUAAUGCGGGCAGUGCUCUGCUAGCCAGUGUUAUUAACAGUUGGGCAUUGAGUCAUAGAGGCCUCAGGUAAAAUCCUGGCCCUUCUGAAGUCUGUGGCAGGGCUGAACCAGGCAAUGUGUCUCUUUGCUGCUGCUGGGCUGGGUCUGGGCAUCGUGUCUUCUCACUUCUGCUGGGCUGGGCCUGGGCUGCGAGUCUCCCUAUUGUCAGUUGCAGUGAUCUAUCAGAAGUGAAGGGGUGGGACCAUCAUUCUCCCUGGCUGGUGUAACAGCAGGGCCAACAGAAAAAAGCCAAGAAAGCCAGAACUCAGGCUGCAGCUCCCAACCUGAGACUGUGGGUUCUGGGGCCAACCAGAAUCAGGGACAGUUGAGAGGGAUGUGAUUGUUUCAAAAACUAUUUUGAAAAAAUACUUGCAGAUAAAGGUAUUUAAAGCAUAAGUAACUUUUUUAAAAUGUGCUUAAAUACAAGUACAACAUGUUCAAAGUAACUGUGCACAAGUACAUAUGGCACUUCAAAAUACUUAUAUAUGUAAAUACAAUGUACAAAAUGUACUUAAAUACAUGGGGACAUGUGGCAAAACCCCCACUGACUUUAUUGGGGUGUAGAUUUCAUCCCUCAUCCUUGAAAGCUAAGGACUGUGUAUAUACCUGGUCCCUGCACGUGACUAAGGCCAUGUCUACACGAGCGAGCUUACAGCAGCACAGCUGUACUGCUGUAAGAUAGCUCGUGCAGCUGCUCUAUGCUGACAGGAGGAGCUCUCCUGUCCACUUAUUAAACCACCUCUAAAGAGCAGCAGUAGCUAUGUUGGCAGGAGAAGCUCUGUCAGUGUAACUUAUGUCUCAAAGGCCUCGUCUACACUACGAGUUUAUGUCGGAUUUAGCAGCAUUAAAUCCGAAUUAACCCUGCACCCGUCCACAUAACGAAGCCGUUUUUUCGGCAUAAAGGGCUCUUAAAACCAAUUUCUGUACUCCUCCCCAACAAGGGGAUUAGCGCUGAAAUCGACAUCGCCAUUUCGAAUUAGGGUUAGUUUGGACGCAAUUCGAAGGUAUUGGCCUCUGGGAGCUAUCCCACAGUGCACCAUUGUGACUGCUCUGGACAGCACUCUGAAAUUGGAUGCACUGGUCAGGCCUACAGGAAAAGCCCCGGGAACUUUUGAAUCUCAUUUCCUGUUUGGCCAGGCGAGCUCAUCAGCACAGGUGACCAUGCAGUCCCAGAAUCGAAAAAGAGCUCCAGCAUGGACAGAACGGGAGGUACGGGAUGGGGAGAGGAAUCCGUGCUAACAGAACUAUGUUCCAAAAGACGAAAUGCCAAAACAUUUCAAAAAAUCUCAGAGGCCAUGAGGGACAGAGGCUACAUCAGGGACCCAACACAGUGCCGCGUGAAACUUAAGGAGCUCAGACAAGCGUACCAGAAAACCAAAGAAUCAAACGGAUGCUCCGGGACAGAGCCCCAGACAUGCCGCUUCUAUGCUGAGCUGCAUGCAAUCCUAGGGGGGACUGCCACCACUACCCCACCCCUGUCCGUGGACUCCGAGCAUGGGAUACUCUCCCCCAUGCCUGAGGAUUUUGCAGAUGGGGAAGAUGAGGAGAACGAGGAGCUUGGGGAGAGCACACAGCACACCGUUUUCCCCAACAGCCAGGAUCUUUUUAUCACCCUGACUGAAAUACCCUCCCAACCCAACGAAGCUGGAGAAGGGACCUCUGCAGCUGCAAAUGUUUCAAGCCUCCCUCCUCCAUCCCAGAGGCUAUCUCAGAUAAGACGGCGAAAAAAAUGCACGCGUGAUGACAUGUUCUCUGAGCUCAUGCAGUCGUCCGGCACUGACAGAGCUGUGUGGAGGGAAACAAUAGCAGAAUACAGGACGGUGACGGAUGAACGUGAGGAAAGGUGGCAGCAGGAAGAUCAGAGGAGGCAUGAGGCAAGGCUGGAGCUACUGCGGGAUCAAACGGACGUGCUCCGGCAUCUGGUGGAGGUUUAUGAACGGCAGCAGGAUCACAGAUUGCCGCUGCAGCCUCUGCUUAACCGCCCUCCCUUCUCCCCAAGUUCCAUAGCCUCCUCACCCAAGAACGAGGGUGGGAGGCUCUGGGCACCCAACCACUCCACCCCAGUGGACAGCCCAAGCAACAGAAGGCUGGCAUUCAACAAGUUUUAAAGUGGUCUUUUCCUUCCCUCCUACCCUUCCCCCACAGCCCACCUGGGCUAUCUUGUGAGUUAUCUCCCUAUUUUUAUAAUCAAUUAAUAAAGAAUACAUGUUUUUUAAACAAUAGUGACUUUAUUUCCUUUGCAAGCAAGCUGUGAUCAAAGGCGGGAGGGCGGGUGGCUUACAGGGAAUUAGAGUCAACCAAGGGGGUGGGUUUUCAUCAAGGAGAAACAAACAGAAGUGUCACACAGUACCCUGCCAGUCAUGAAACUGGUUUUCAAAGCUUCUCUGAUGCGCACCACUUCCUGCUGUGCUCUUCUAACUGUCCUGGUGUCUGGCUGCGCAUAUUCAGCAGCCAGACGAUUUGCCUUAACCUCCCACCCCACCAUAAACGUCUCCCCCUUACUCUCACAGAGAUUGUGGAGCACACAACAAGCAGCAAUAACAAUGGGAAUAUUGGUUUCGCUGAGGUCUAAGCGAGUCAGUAAACUGCGCCAGCGACGCUUUAAACGUCCAAAUGCACAUUCUACCACUAUUCUGCACUUGCUCAGCCUGUAGUUGAACAGCUCCUGACUACUGUCCAGGGUGCCUGUGUAUGGCUUCAUGAGCCAGGGCAUUAAGGGGUAGGCUGGGUCCCCAAGGAUAACUAUUGGCAUUUCAACAUCCCCAACAGUUAUUUUCUGGUCUGGGAAGUAAAUCCCCUCCUGUAGCCGUUUAAACAGACCAGAGUUCCUGAAGACGCGAGCGUCAUGAACCUUUCCCGGCCAUCCCAUGUUGAUGUUGGUGAAACGUCCCUUGUGAUCCACCAGUGCUUGCAGCACCAUUGAAAAGUACCCCUUGUGGUUUAU